AUGGCGACAUUACUUCCACCUCCAAAGCGUCGCAAACUCUACCACGGCGUCCCAGAACCAGAGGUCAAGCCAGCACCACCAGUUCCGAAUAUCGUAGUUCAAUUCGUGAACGAGGAAGAUGGCAAACCACUUGCUCCAGCUGUUACACUCCCCGCUGAUCUAAAAAGAGAGCAGCUGGAGACGCUGGUGAAUAAAUUGUCUGCAUCAGACGAUCCUGUACCCUUUUCUUUCCAUGUUGCUGUACCAGGGAAAUCAGAAGGCGACGAUGGGUCUGCAACGGCGGCACCGACACGGAUUGUCGUCGCAAACUCGCUCAAUGAAGACAUUCUUCUCAACAAAAAGCACCAGUUUACAACUGAAGACGUGUUCAUCGUCCACUGUUCUCCUCAGGCCGUAUUUAGAGUUCGGCCUGCAACACGCUGCUCUUCCACACUUUCCGGCCACAGCUCUCCUAUUCUCUGCGCUUCUUUUUCACCGACCGGUCGACUCCUUGCUACCGGCUCGGGCGACACUCACGCUCGUCUCUGGGACCUAGACACCGAAACCCCGUCUCAUACGCUUUCUGGUCAUCGAGGAUGGGUCCUCUGCGUAGAGUGGGAGGCACGGGAACGAAAGCUUGCCUCUGGAGGUCAUGAUGGGCAGGUGCGCAUAUGGGAUCCAAAGACGGGCAAAGGCAUCGGAGACGCAAUGAAAGGACACAUAUCUUGGAUUACCAGUCUUGCGUGGGAGCCUAUACAUAUAAAUCCGACGAAUCCACGACUCGCUUCAUCCUCGAAGGAUGGCACCGUCAGGGUAUGGUCCCUCACAAAUCGACUUACUGAGUAUACGCUUGGUGGACAUACCGCGAGUGUUAAUGUAGUCCGAUGGGGUGGAGGGAUACCCUCUGGGGUCUUGUACACCGCUAGUAGUGACCGUACGGUCCGAAUAUGGGAACCAGAAAAGGGCCGGUGUCUACAUAUUCUGAAAGAUCACGCACAUUGGGUUACCACUCUUGCUCUCAACACAGACUUUGUCCUCCCCAAGGCAUGGGCCCUUGAACGCUAUCACAAACUUGCCUCGCAGCACUCUGAGCUUCUCAUAAGUGGCUCAGAUGAUCAUACGCUUUAUCUGUGGAACUUAUUUGCAAAUGUUUCGCAAGGUGGACAGUCGUCCGGCGACGCAAAGAAGCCGAAACCUCUCACGAGAUUGACCGGCCAUCAAAGACAGAUAUCGCAUGUAGCCUUCAGCCCGGACGGCAAAUGGGCUGCGAGUGCGUCGUGGGAUAGCAGCGUUCGGCUGUGGGAUGGGCGAACGGGCAAGUUCAUCGCUACUUUGAGGGGACAUGUCGGCGCUGUCUAUCGCUUGACAUGGUCAGCAGACUCGCGAAUGCUCAUUAGCGCAAGCAAAGACAGUACGGUAAAGAUCUGGGAUCUCAAGACGUACAAACUAAAAACGGAUCUGCCCGGCCACACGGAUGAAGUCUAUUGUGUCGAUUUUGUGGCAGACAAGAUUGUGAGCGGUGGGCGCGACAAGACAGUCAAAAUGUAA